AUGCCCGGCCGGAGAGCCCGAAGGAAGCCGGGGAUUGGGCGUCGCCGUGGUUGCCAAGGUGACGGGCGGGUCCGGCGGGGACCCCGACCGCGGCUAGGGCAAGGGGUGCCGGGCGGCUUCCCGCCCCGCCCGCGCCCGCCCGCCGCGCCCUGGCCCGCACCCCUCGGCGGCGGGAAGGGGAGGCCCCGCGCGUCCCCCGGUCCCGCGCGCCCCCCGCCGGCCUCCGGUUCGGGGCGCACCGCCCUCCGCCUCCGUCUCCGCCCCCAGGACCGGCGGCCGCCAGCUUCCCGAGCGCUGCUUCCCCGGCCAGCGGCGCGAUGGGCUGCGGGAACUCCACCGCCACCAGCGCGGGCGCCGGCCGAGGCCCUGCAGGAGCAGCUAAAGAUGUGGGUAGAGGUCUCUGAUUCAUCAGUCUUACACACAUACCCGUGGACUCCAGGAACAGAAGAAUCUAUAACGGAAGAUGACAAGAGGAGAAACUAUGGAGGGGUAUAUGUAGGUCUACCAUCUGAAGCUGUCAGUAUGGUAUCCAGUCAAACAAAGACUGUACGAAAAAAUUAAAAGAAAAUAUCGUGACUCCAUAAUCAAGAGCUUGCUCAUUAAGAUUUGGAAGGAAUUGCACUCCAUGGGCCGUCAUGACGUGCACAGAAAUUUCUAAGGAAAUUCUAACUAGUCGCCCGCUCCGCCUCCCCUCCCCACCCAAAUUCUCAAGUCUGUAGUUGAAACCAUGGGUACAUGUUGAAUGUUGUGGUACUAGAAAGGAAUCAGGUAGACAAUACACGGGUAUAUGGAACUUUCUGGGGUCCUGCUGAGAAAGACAAGUGGACAAACCGCUAGUGUCUGGAGCCAGCCUGCUGUAUCUGGCGGCAUUUUCUCCCUGGCCAUUCAACACAGCUCAUGAAAAUCAUGUCUUUUCACUGAUACUUUUUUGAUAGUUUUUAUAUAAUGAAAUCUGUAUUCUAUUUAUAACUUCAGCUAAGAAAGCACUAUAAAUGAACUCCCUAAAGUAAUAUAUUUGUGGGUUACUUUUCACUAUUUCUACGUUACAUUAAUUUUUAGCUGUAAAAUGGUUAAAUUGAUUCUUACUGUUCUCUGUUUCCCUUUUUUACUUUUUGGUUUUCAGCUUUCUGUAAGUGUCAGAGAAUGUCUUCUCUUAGGAACAAUGUAUGACCUUUCAAUGUUGAAAAAUAAGCCCCCCAAAUUUGCAUGCCCUACGCACGUUUUGAUUAACUUUCCAUUUUCUUUGGUCGAAGGCUGAUGUCACCACAAAUCCUUUGCAGUCAUUGAUUCUCUCAUUCUCCUUUGUGGGAUCCCAGCAUCCCAUCAUGUUAAUCCUAUACUAUUUUCAAGGACUAGUGACUGAUGGUUAAGGGUAUUUGGAAAGCUCUUAAUUUGAGGAUGACCACGUGUAGCCAUUUAGUACUGCAAUGUAGAUUACUCAAUUUACCAAUAUAUUUCAACAAUUAAAACAUUUUUAUCCCUCUUUA